AUGGGAAGUUGGGCCAGCCUCGAAGGUUGGGUUCAAAGUUGUCAGAUCUCUGGCUUGCCCAUUCCAAGCCUGGAGUUGGGCCAGGGAGUCUUGAUGAAGAUCGAGGCUUCAUGGCCUCCUAGAAUGGAGGGAAAUGCGCUAGGCUGGCUUCACAGAGCAGCGAUCACCUCCCUCUCCAGGCAGUGGAAGGAUUACGGGCUGGUGGCACUUGGCCUGCGUAGCCUGUCGGGCUGUCCAAAUUGA